AUGCGCCCUGUAGCUACAGCACCCCGCGCCACUGGGGGAGCAACGGAUUCCCGCGGCCGGCAAUCCCUCCGAUCUGCGGUGCGAGAGGAGCUCCAGCUACAAUCCCGGCUGAAAUCCCCAGCUCUUCCUUUCUGCAUCUGCAUACGCCAACCUUCGGACCUGAGAAGUAAGAGCAGCCAGUCUCGCGCGGUAAUAUCUGCUGCAUUUCCAAAGAGACCAACACAGCGGGCCGCAGUUGAUUCAGCUACUCGCACAACGCACAGCGUUUUCUGCCCCCUCACGUUCACAGCUGUUGAAAUGGCCCUUUUGCAAAGAAUUGCAGCCCAAUCAACCCUUCGCUUUGUUCCAGCUGUGUCUAUGACGCUGGCCCGAAACGCUUCCACCAUGGCCCCCAAGCUCAACGACCCCUCGCUUCUGAAGCAAAAUGUAAACUACAUCAACGGUCAAUUCGUACCGUCCAUCUCUGGCAAGACCUUCAAGGUCACCGAUCCCUCGACCGGUGAACUUGUCGGCACCAGCGCGGAGGCCGACGUUGACGACACCAAGAGCGCCAUUGAGGCGGCCGCCGAGGCCUUCAAGACGUUCCGCACCCAGACCGGCCGCGAGCGCGCCAAGCUCCUGCGCAAGUGGUUCGACCUCAUGAACGAAAAUGCCGACGACAUUGCCAAGCUCAUUACCUGGGAGAACGGCAAGCCCAUUGCCGACGCCAAGGGCGAGACAGCCUACGCCGCCAACUUUUUCGAGUGGUUCAGCGAGGAGGCGCCCCGAACCUAUGGCGACACGAUCCCCAGCUCGCUUGCUGCCAACCGUGUGUGGACCGUCAAGGAGCCCGUUGGUGUUUGCGGCCUCAUUACUCCCUGGAACUUCCCCGCCGCCAUGAUUACGAGAAAGAUUGGUCCCGCUCUGGCUGCUGGCUGCACUGUCGUCUGCAAGGCCCCCGGCGAGACUCCCUUCACUGCCCUGGCCCUCGCUGAGCUGGCGCACCGCGCCGGUAUCCCCAAGGGUGUGGUCAACAUCAUCGCUUCUCUCGAAAACACGCCCGCUGUCGGAAAGGAACUCACCACCUCGCCCAUUGUCAAGAAGGUCUCCUUCACUGGCUCCACCGGCGUCGGUAAGCUUCUCAUGAGCCAGUCCUCUAGCACCCUGAAGAAGCUCUCUCUUGAGCUCGGCGGCAACGCGCCCUUCAUUGUCUUUGACGACGCUGAACUCGACGCCGCCGUCGCUGGCGCCAUCGCCUCCAAGUUCCGCUCGUCUGGCCAGACGUGCGUCUGCGCCAACCGCAUCUACGUGCAGCGCGGCAUCUACGACCAGUUUGUGACCAAGUUUGUCGAAAAAGUCAAGGCCUUCAAGGUCGGCAACGGCUUCGAGGAGGGCGUGACCCACGGCCCGCUGAUCCACGACCGCGCCAUCGACAAGGUCCAGAAGCACGUCGACGACGCCGUCUCCAAGGGCGCCAAGCUCCUCGUCGGCGGCCAGGCGCUGCCCGACCUCGGCAGCAACUUUUUCCAGCCCACCGUUCUCCGCGACAUGACGGUCGACAUGGCCAUUGCCUCCGAGGAGACAUUUGGUCCCCUGGCGGGCCUGUUCCCGUUCGAGACUGAGGCCGACGUUGUCGCCAUGGCCAACAAGUCCGACGUCGGCCUGGCCGGCUACUUCUUCUCGCGCGAUCUGGAGCGUGUGUACCGCGUCGCGGAGAGCCUCGAGGUGGGCAUGGUAGGCGUCAACACGGGCAUCAUCUCGGACGUCGCGUCGCCGUUUGGCGGUGUCAAAGAGAGUGGUUUCGGUCGCGAGGGGUCCAAGUACGGCAUCGCCGAGUACCAAACCACCAAGAUGAUUACGUUUGGAGGCAUGAACAAGCCCCUACAGAGCUAA